AUGAUUGGAGAUGCAGCUGAGGCUGUGACAGACACACCCUCACCUGGACACGCCCUCCUUGGCUCUGGCCUGUUAGGGAACUGGCCUCCGCACAGCAAUCUCACCCACCCCACCCCCUCAAUGAGGGACAAAGCCACUCAGACCCCCCGGGCCUGGGCAGAUGAGCGGAGAAGAGGUUCUCACAAGCGCUCGGCGUCCUGUGGAAGCACUGACCAGCUUAAAGAGAUCGCUAAAUUGCGCCAGCAGCUCCAACGUAGCAAGCGCAGCAGUCGACAUCGCCGGGACAAAGACCGCAAAUCACCUUUCAAUGGCAACCAUGCUGCCAUCAUCCAAUCACAGGCUCAGAUGCCCAAGACCAUUCUUAUCCCGAUCCCCAUUUCCAAGUCCACCCCCCCACGCUUCCGGAACAGCAUAGAAGGUCUCAACCAGGAGAUCGAACGCAUCAUCAUCAGAGACACCAGCGAACGAGAUGAAGUUAUAAUUCCGCAGGACGUCCCGGACGGGCACCGCGCCCCUCCGCCCCUCUCCCAGCGGAGCAGCAGCACCCGCAGCAUCAACACGCAGACGCCCUCGGGCGGCGGCGGCCUCGGCGGUAACCACAGCAACAGCAGCAGCCGCGCCGACUCCGUCUCCCCGUCGUAUCUGAGCAUCCUGAACGAUUCGGUCGGCGGAAGCCCUCACUCCAACGAAGACGUCACGAACGAGAGCAGGGAGAAAGACUUUGGGCCCAGUUCCCCCCUGCCAAAAUACGCCUCAUCCCCAAAGCCCAACAACAGCUACAUGUUCAAACGCGAGCCACCAGAGGGCUGUGAGAGGGUCAAAGCCUUCGAGGAGUCCCAACCAAGGCCUCUGCAGGAGAUCCCCCCAUACCUCUGCCCUGACCGAAACAAGGUGAACUUCAUCCCCAAGAGCGGCUCUGCCUUCUGCCUGGUGAGCAUCCUCAAGCCCCUGCUGCCCACCCAGGAACGGAGCUUCCGAACCGGCGUGGGCUUACGCAGCCUCUCCCCCUCCAUGGUGCCCCUCAGUGGGGUCGGCGUUCGAAGCCUGUCCCCUUCCCUGGGUCCUGUGCUGUCCCGAGGCACCAGUGCUCUUCACCAGGCCCCCUGCCUUCCACGCCAUCUGGAGGAGCCUGAGAGUUAG